AGGAAAAUGUCAACAUUGAGGCUGACAGGACGCUUCAAAACACUGGCUCAUGGUUUAAUACCGGCAAGAUGCUGUAUCUGUGGAGAAGGAGAGUACGGCAUUUACUACAAAGAAUUUAUAACUUCCCUCGGGACACAAGGAAGUGGGUCAGGUGGAAAUAUGAACUCUUCAUUUUUACCAUGACGGCACUAUUCUACAAUGAAUUUGUAAAUAUGGGAUACUGUCUGGAGGUGAUGAUGGAGCCUAUGGUAUGGGUGGUCGACCACUUCACCAAGAUCCUCGGACCUAUCCUCGUCUUCGGGGUAGUAUCACUAACGAGCUCGGUGGUCUCUAUAGUGUAUAUUAUUGGUCUGCCGUACUAUUGGGAAAAGUCGCCAGAGCUCACCUGUUUUCUAAUGGUGUUAGGGCACUGGAUACUGAUUAAUGUCAUCUUUCACUUCAUAAUGGCAGCCAUUACCGAACCAGGUACCCCCCAAAAGGGUAUUUUAAUCUCUGAAGCAGUAAGUGUAUGCAAAAAGUGCAUAGCACCUAAGUCACCUCGCACUCACCACUGCUCUGUGUGUAAUCGCUGCAUCCUCAAGAUGGAUCACCACUGUCCCUGGCUCAACAACUGUGUGGGACACUUCAACCAUCGUUAUUUCUUCAUGUACAUGGUAUACAUGACGCUGGGCACAGUUUUCAUCAUGUCACUUGGUUUAGAAAUAGCGUAUUACGAGAUAUGGCUGGGAGGAGAGACAGGUGGAGGGUUGAUUGAUGCCUUGGACCUUGUGUUGGAGGACCGCAGCUCACAGGAAGAGGAGGAGCUAGAAGGCUACCCAGUUAGAGUUAAUGGUACACACAUGAUGCCUGUGUAUGGUGGCACAGUGGGUAGUCCAGUUCCUCUUGAGCCAUCUGACAAUGAAGCAGAAACAGAAUUAGGAAGUUACUGGUAUCGGUUUUCCAUUAUGUACACUGGAAUGCUCACCACUGGUGUGUUUUUCUCACUAGGUGGACUGGCCACUUGGCACGGCAGAUUAAUAUCAAAAGGAGAAACCAGCAUAGAAGCUCACAUCAACAAGAAGGAGACAGAGAGACUGGAAAAAAUCAACCAAGAGUACCGAAAUCCUUAUAACUUUGGAGUUACGGAGAACUGGAAAAUAUUCCUCGGAGUGACCCACGGCAGAGGACUGCGACACAUCCUCCUCCCAUCGUGGCAUCCACCAGAGGGAAAUGGUCUCACUUGGCCCAAUGCAAUUAUCACUGCUGCAAGUCAUGACAAGGCUGCAUGACAUAUAGUUUAGAUGCUUCCUUAAGUUGUUUUGUUGAUUGUUAUACACCUUUUAACUUUGCUAGGAAAAUCUUUCUUACAUACAGUAAAUGAAUGACAAUACUAAUAAUAUAAAUGUCUGUUCUGUCCAGUUCUUACUCUAUAGUUACUACAUAUAAAUGGAGGAAAUGGCUUCCCAGUUAUUGUUGUAACCAGCUAGAAGAACCCAACAAGUGUUUAGUAUUGAAUUGAUUUUAUAUCUAUGUUGUUAGGAAUUACUUAAUAGACAGGAGUAUUUAUAUCACGUAAGUAGCGAUCAUCUCUAUACAGGUGUUAUUUUAUUCGUUAGGAACUUUUUUCAGGUGGGAAAGUAUAGGAUCCAUCUUGUCACCUAACCACAGACAUCUCUCAUCCACCAUCAGCAGAGACUAGAGAAUCAGCAUAAUCUUAAUGAUGAGGUUAAAUGUGUACUGUAUUGGACUUUGUAUGAUGUAUUGUCCAUCUACUUUAGUUUGCAGAGAUAAACCAGGUGUAUUAAAGUACCAAGUACCUGUACAGUAACUCCUAAGAUAACAUAAGGAUGUAAGAGAUUGGUACAGUACUUAAAUGCCUCUGGCUUAUUUAUGAGGAUUCUAUAGAGAAGAACCUCUUUAGUUCACACACACACACCUUUGGGACCAAACAUAUAAAUGUUGCAAACUAAAGAUUGAGUUAUAACAUGGGUACAAUGGACCUUGGGACAUUGAACCCAAAAUAGCAAGUAUGUACAAUAUAGUACUUUACUGUACUUAUAUUUGGACCCAGAGGCAUCACAUAUAUAAAACAGCUUAUGAUACAAACAAGGUACAGUACCAAUGACCCCAAGAACCCACAUUAGUACAAACUUAAAUACAGUAUAAUUGUAUAAUCUGUCCUCACCAUCCAAAGGGCUGGACCAUAUAAGAGAAACAGAUGAAGAGAUAGAUACAGUAUAUUUAGGUACAGUAUAGAAGCCUUAAACCAGAAUGUACCUAAUGAACCUACAGUAUUUAAAAAGAAUAGAAAUAUACACGAGCGAUGAUUUUCUAUGAAAUUCUGUGAUGAUUAUUAUUUUAAAUUAUUGAUACAUUAUAUUCAAAUUUGUUGGGGAGGUACCAGUCAUAUAUAUGAUAUAAAAUUUUUCAUUAAUCCAUUGUUUAAAUAUUCCGCUGUGAACUUCACACAUUAAAUGUCCAUCAGGUACCUACAGUGUCUACUAUUUCAUGUCUUUAGUUUUGCAACACAAUUUUAAUAAGUUAUCUGGUUAAAAUAUGUUUAUGUUUAGUCCCAUUAAAAAAAGUGGCAAUUUUGUGGUGGUGCAACACUGACUGACUCACUACAGUUGCUGCCACACAGCAAUACUGCUGCAGGUAGUUGUAAUUUUGGUUGUAGGGAUUUUUCAAUGGUAAUUUGUAACAUUUGUUUAUAUUACCUAACAGCAAAUACUGUAUUUAAAUUUAAUCUUUUCCCAAAGUUUUAUGUACUUUCAGUAACUACUUCAAAAAAUUGGUCUCAUUGCUAUACCUGUACUUCCUGUAAAUUGGAAACUUUUUUUUUUACCAUAAAGGAAUUAAAAAUGAGGUGUGUACUCAGCUUACAAAUAUUUAUGGCACUUAAUCAAGUCUAUAACAUUUAGCUUUUAUAAUAAAUACAAACUCAUAUACAGGCAUUCCCUCCCUGAUUUACAAAAGGAUUCCCUUCCUGAAAAACUUAUGUAUAUCAAUUUUAUGUAAACUGGAUCACAAAACAACAUCUUCAUUAACUGCUACUGCCUUUAUUAUUUUUGUGCAUACUUGUUUUAAAUCACCAAAUAUUAGUAGCUUAAUUAAGUGCCAAAAUUAUUUGUAAGUUGAGUAAAUUUCCCUGCUGGCCAUUAUCUUCACCACCCAGCCCUCUCGACUUCAAAACCUUCUCAUGUUCACUGUUGUCACUAAGUUCAAUAUCUUAAUACAAUUUAUUAACUUAUUGACUGUUAUCAUAAAGUACAUGUAUGUAAAAUAUAAAACUAACUUCAAGCAGUUCAUGCGGAAUGAGAUGUGCACUUGACAAAUGUCGUUAUUGGUUAAUUGCUUUCAUGCCAUAAAAAAGUGGUGUUACCUGUAUUGUGUUUCUUGGUGAACAUGAGACAGGUUGAUUCAUUAGUAAAAUUGAGACAAAUUGAGCCAGUUUAUGAAGUAUGAAUUGACAAAGUACACAGGUUCUAAUAGUGUACAUACAUACUGUAUAUACCUAUAAAUAUAGUUUUAAUGAUUUCAUAUUACUUAUUCAAUGAUUUACUUAUUUUGUAUGCAGCUAUUUCAUUUUUCAUUCAUUCCACUGUUUAUUCAUUCUUUCAUUCAUUACUCUUAUAAUUUAUUACUUUAUUUAUUCAUUCUUUCCACUUCUUAUUUAUAUAUUUAUUCCACUUUUACUGAUUCAGCAUCAACAUAGUCCUAUUGGUAAAAUAAGAUAUUUAGGACCAAGACACUUAAGAUACAGGUAAUAAUAGUUGUGAGGGAAGUCCUUCACCUCACUUCAACAAUACUGUAACUAAUCUAAGGUGCAAGAUAUUCUUCACGAGUAAAGAUUAAGUUUGGUUUGUGUUAUGGUUGUGGCCAGUCAUACAUGUAUCAUUACUUGUGCUUAGAGAUCUUUAUUAAUUGAUCCUGUUUUAGGUGUUUUUGCUCGUCUUUUGAAUUAUUUAAUAUUGUUAUCUUAGUGGAUUGUUGAUCUUUGUGAAAUUUUUGAUCAUCUGGUUUACAUAGUAACAUAUACAACACUGAACAAAAUGUUGUAACGAACCUAUAAUGUAUGGAGCACAAUUUUGGAUAAUAUGUUGUACAGUACUUAUGAAUAUCUAAUGUACAGAAUAAUAUUUUGGAUAUUACUGUAUGUCAAAGUGAUACAAUGUAUGCACUGAACAAAUUUGCAUUGGUAUGUUUUAAUAAUGGCUUUUUAAAUCUGAAACAGUAAGUGUUAAAGAACUACUGUACAUUCAUAUUAAGUCCACUAGAUAUAAUGAAACAAGUCAAUGGUUUUGUUUCAUCCAACUACAUUGUAUUAACAAAGUCUUACGUACAAUACUGUUUUAAAAUCUAACAUCUAGCACUUUGAGGUCAUAAUGUACUUAUUUACAUUAUUAUAUUAUAAUACUGUAUUUUAUUAAUUUAUGUAUAUUGUAGCUUCAUAUUGAAGCUCAAUUGAUGUUGUUCAGAAGACUUGCAAAAGGUAAGUGAUGCUUCAGCCAAUCUAAGCAGACUCUGUACUCUCAAAACUGAGUCUUUUUCUAGGGACUAGCAGGUUUGGUGUGUAUUUGGAACUGACAAGAGCAUUAUCAUUAUGAUUUCUAGUUUGUGAUGGAUGGAUAAAGCCGUGCAAAAGACAAUAAUCUUCAAAGGUGUUUACAGUACAGUACCGUAUACAGGUAUUGACAGUCAGCAGGACCAGCCCAACAUAACACCCAGAUGCUUCACCAAUUACUUUAGUUUUUUCCUCUAGCAAUAAUAAUGUAAAACAAUGUAGCUGUCACAUCUGUGGAUGAUUUUACGGCAGAUAGGAGGGUGAAGUUUAAAGUGUGCCUGCUGUUACUGAGAUACAAAUUUAAUGGUACCUUUCACACGGACAUCCAUUAAAUUUCCAUUGAUUUCUAAACGUGCCGUGAGACAAAAAAUAAAAAAGCUUGUGAAAGAGGCUUUACACAAGAUGUGGGCACAGUUGCUAUGUCAGAAUUUUAGAUAAUAAACAUUAAUCUGGAUAGUUAUAGUCACUCAAGUAACAAAAUCACUAAUGUUGAACUCCACAGCUCAAUAAAAAGUGAGUACUGUACUAUAUUGAACUGAAUUUUGAAUUGGCAGAUAUGGAGGUUAAUGUUGGGAGUCAGUGACAUUAGCAAAGUCAGUUGUUCAGUAAUGUUUUUGUGCGCACGGUGAAUUGUUGUGAAGCAACAUGGGUGCUAAGGAUUCACUUGGUAUAGUGAAUGUGCUAGUUGAAGACAUGAACAAAUGUGGAUAAUUCUAUUUUUGUUCUAGCCCUUUCAUGUCACCUACUGUUUGUUGUUCCCCCCCUCCCAUUCUUUGAGGUUCCUGUACUCUUUCAUCCACCAUCACAGAGUGGGGGAAGAUUAAAGAUAAUUAAUAGAAAUACAUGUAUACAUUGCCAUAUAUUUGUUAUGAGAGGGUAGGUAUUAUUUAUUUAGAAUCACUGGACACUGGGGUUUGUGUUUCUCAGUGCUCUAAGGUGCCAAUACAAAGCAGUGUGCACUUACACUAGUUUAACAGGUACAACAGGCACCAUUCUGCUCAAUAAAGUAAGGAAGUGUCAUCCUUACUAUGUCCAUGAUCUUGAUAUAUCUCAAUAAGUCUCCUUUUUGACUCAAGAAUAUUUUACCAUAAUUAUAUGUGUAUGUUCUAGACUGAUGCUUACAUCAAUUUUUGUUUCUGAUCAGUCACUUUACUGUAUCACAAAUGCAUUAAUCAUGUGUCUUGACUCUAAGAUGAUUUUGUAUUUUUUAAUUUAAUACAGUACUAUUAAAACUAACUGAGGCUGA